AUGAAGUUCAAUGCUUCCAUUGAAGACACCUUCAUUUGGACCAACAACAAAAAUGACUCUUACACUACCAAAAGCGCUUGCCACAACUCUGUGCCCACUCUCUCCUUGCUUAACUACCGCAAGAUGAACCCAUCUGCUUCUUGUGUUCGAUGUGGCCUCCAAGAUGAAACUUUCCUUCAUUGCAUUCGAGACUGUGAGUUCUCUCGAAGCCUUUGGCACUAUAUUGGGUUUACCAACCCAAAUUUCUUCUCUAACAUGGACGUUUAUGAUUGGAUCAAGAUGGGCACCAUCGGGACCCAUUCUCUCAUUUUCUCAGCAGGUGUCUGGUGGUCUUGGAGACACCGCAAUUUGAUGAGCCUCAAUAACGAAACUUGGUCCUUAAGCCGACUCUCCUUUAACAUCAGGUCUAUGGUUGAAACUUUCAAGAAUUGCUUCACUAUCACUCCUAAUGGUGGUUCAGUUGAUAGAUUUAUCAAGUGGAACAACAACAAUUUUUCUUGUACCAUUCUUAAUGUUGACGGAAGUUGUCUCGGUUCCCCAGCUCGAUCAGGUUUUGGUGGAAUCAUUAGAAACACUUUUGGUCAUUAUUUGGCAGGGUUUUCUGGUUACAUUCAAGGGUCUUCUGAUAUCUUGUAUGCUGAACUUUAUGCUAUCUACAAGGGUCUCUUGUUGGCCAUAAACAUGAGCAUUGACGAACUUGUCUGCUAUUCAGAUUCUUUACACUGUAUUAACCUCAUAAAAGGUCCCCAAGUUAAGUUUCAUAUGCAUGCAGUUUUAAUCCAAGACAUAAAGGAUUUGAUUUCCCAAAGUAAUGUUUCCCUCUGUCACACUCUUAGAGAAGGUAAUCAAUGCGCAGACUUCUUCGCAAAAUUAGGAGCCUCCUCGGAUGCUGAUUUCACUAACCACGACUCUCCUCCAGAAGGCGUUCAAGAUCUGCUCAAGAACAAUGCUUUAGGAAUUUUAUUCCAAAGAGACUAG